CAGCCACCUGGAGCUGCGAUCUAUCGUGUAGCAGCUUCCGUCGCAGCACUCGCCUGCUUUUUUCCACUCACCUCCGCUCCGCCCUCACGGCUUCACUGCCUUCCAUUCCGUCCUCUCUUGAUUCAACCAAGCAACCUCUCGCCGUAUCCAACUAUCGCGCUUCUCUGCGCCCGCCUUCGCCCUCAUUCACUCGUGCGCCCGCCGCCCUUCGUCUCGUCUCCAGCUCCUGUCCCAUCACGACACCCUCGGCUUGCACGCUCUGUGCCACGGAACAAAGUCGCCAUGCUAUCCAGAAGAGCCCUUACGGCGGCCCGCCUCGUCUCGACCCGCCGGCCUAUGCAGCAGCCUCUGCGCGGCCUGCCUCUCUCUGCCUACAUGAACCAUGUCCGCACCUAUGCCGAUGCUGUCAUUAAAGUGCCUCAGAUGGCCGAGUCCAUCACCGAGGGAACUCUUAAGCAGUGGAACAAGCAGGUUGGCGACUAUGUAGAGCUCGACGAGGAAAUUGCCACCAUCGAGACUGACAAGAUCGACGUUGCCGUUAACGCGACAGAGGCCGGCACCAUCAAGGAGCUGUUCGCCAACGAAGAAGAUACCGUCACUGUCGGCCAGGAUCUUGUAAAGAUCGAGAUUGGCGGCGCCCCUGCUGGCGGCGAGUCCAAGGAGGCUCCCAAGAAGGAGGAAGCCUCGUCCGAGGCCACAACGUCCUCCCAAAGCGACAACCAGCCAGAGGCCCCCAAGGAGUCCGAAUCGAAGCCUGAGCCGAAGAAGGAGACGCCUGCUCCCAAGAAAGACUCCCCUCCAGCCAAGAAGGAGGCUCAGCCACCUAAAGAAUCUUCGGCGCCAGCCCUCGGCAGUCGCGAAGAACGUCGGGUUAAAAUGAACCGCAUGCGUCUUCGCAUUGCGGAGCGCCUGAAGCAGUCGCAAAACACGGCCGCUUCCCUCACCACCUUCAACGAAGUCGACAUGUCCGCUCUUAUGGACUUCCGCAAGCUUUACAAGGACGAGGUCCUCAAGAAGACAGGUGUCAAGCUCGGUUUCAUGAGUGCCUUCGCUCGUGCCAGCGUUCUGGCCAUGCGCGAUCUCCCAGCCGUCAACGCCUCCAUCGAGGGCGAGAACGGUGGCGACACUAUUGUCUACCGUGACUACGUCGACAUCAGUGUUGCCGUUGCCACGGAGAAGGGCCUCGUCACCCCCGUGGUUCGCAACACCGAAUCUAUGGACAUGGUCACUAUUGAGAAGUCCAUCGCCGACAUGGGCAAGAAAGCUCGCGAUGGCAAGCUUACGAUUGAGGACAUGGCCGGCGGCACCUUCACCAUCAGCAAUGGCGGCGUUUUCGGCUCCCUUAUGGGAACACCGAUCAUCAAUCUGCCCCAGAGUGCCGUGCUUGGAUUGCACGCAAUCAAAGAACGCCCAAUUGCUGUCAACGGGAAGGUGGAGAUCCGCCCCAUGAUGUACCUUGCACUGACGUACGACCACCGUCUCCUGGAUGGCCGGGAAGCUGUCCAGUUCCUCGUCAAGAUCAAGGAGUACAUCGAGGACCCGAGACGUAUGCUCCUGUAAAGCGUCAGAGCGGCAAGUCUUGGAUCAGAGUUUGAGAGCGUGUGACUGUAAUAACUGUCUGGAACUGGCGUGUACAGGGUCUGUGCCAGUGGCUGAGUCUGUCCAUGAUCAACGAAGCUGUCUCCGUGUCAAUAGUGUAUACUAGAUCAAUACCUGCAUUUGGUGGCGUCUUUGCAGGGAGAAAUAUUAGAACCGUGCUUGUUUGCGA